GCCCCCUGGGCCGCAGUCUAGCUCAGGGAGGCGGCAACCGCUCCUACUCGGCCCUUCCCGGUUGGCUGGACCAGCUGUGCCUCGGUUCUCUGGUGACUAUGGGGGACCCCAGCAAGCAGGACAUUUUGACCAUCUUCAAGCGCCUCCGUUCCGUGCCCACCAACAAGGCGUGUUUUGACUGCAGUGCCAAGAAUCCCAGCUGGGCGAGCAUAACCUACGGGGUGUUUCUCUGCAUCGACUGCUCGGGGUCCCACCGGUCGCUUGGUGUUCACUUGAGUUUUAUUCGAUCUACAGAGUUGGAUUCUAACUGGUCUUGGUUUCAGUUGCGAUGCAUGCAAGUUGGAGGAAAUGCUAAUGCAGCGUCCUUCUUCCACCAGCACGGCUGUGCCACCAGCGACACCAACGCCAAGUACAACAGUCGUGCGGCCCAGCUCUACAGGGACAGAAUCAAGUCGCUGGCCUCGCAGGCCACGCGGAAGCAUGGCACUGACCUGUGGCUGGAUAGCUGCGCCGUUCCGCCCUUGUCCCCCGUACCCAAGGAGGAGGACUUUUUCGCUUCACACGCUUCCCCUGAGGUGACUGGCACAGGGUGGGCCUCAGCAGGCCCAGAACCAUCUUCAGCGCCCAGGAGUGAGGAUCCUCCGCCAGCAAAUAACGAAGGUGGACCAGAGCAAGGACCAAGUGUGGAAGGUCUCAACAUACCGACCAAGGCUGCCUUAGAGGUUUCUUCUAUCAUAAAAAAGAAACCAAGUCAAGCUAAAAAAGGACUCGGGGCCAAAAAAGGAAGUUUGGGAGCCCAGAAACUGACGAACACAUGCUUUAAUGAAAUAGAAAAACAAGCCCAAGCUGUGGAUAAAAUGAAGGAGCAGGAAGACCUGGCCAGGACAGCAUCUAAGGAAGAAUCGAUCGUUUCAUCCUUACGAUUAGCCUAUAAGGACCUUGAAAUUCAAAUGAAGAAAGAGGAAAAGGUGACCAUGAGCGGGCAGAGAAGGGCGGAAUCGGAGAGACUCGGCCUGGGGCUCGGGAGCUGCAGGAGUGGCAUUUCCCAUUCAGCAAUGGCGGACAUGCAGACCAUUGACCAGGAAGCGCCGGUCGCAGCAAAACCGAGGAAAAAGCACAGCGAAGAUGGUGACGAGUCAUGUUUUACUUCCAGCUCAAGGUACUUUGAGGAGCCGAUGGAGGUCAGGAGCAGCUUUUUCUCUAGUUGGGACGACGGCUCGGACGCCUACUGGAAGAAGGGCAUCAGAGACCCUGACGUGGCUCCGAAAGCCACAGGCCCCCCCGACAGACCUACUACUCGCCGCAAGCCAGACUACGAGCCAGUUGAAAACACAGACGAGGCCCAGAAGAAGUUUGGCAACGUCAGAGCCAUUUCAUCAGAUAUGUACUUUGGAAGACAAGCCCCGGCUGAGUAUGAAGCCCGGGCGCGGCUGGAGAGGCUCUCGGGGAGCUCCGCCAUAGGCUCGGCCGACCUGUUUGAUGAGCAGAGGAAGCAGGCAGCAGGAAGCUACAGCCUCACGAGCGUGCUGCCCACCGCCCCUGACGUGGCCCAGCUGAAGCAGGGGGUGAGGGCCGUGGCCGGGAAGCUGUCCGUCUUUGCUAACGGCGUCAUGACUUCCAUCCAGGACCGUUACGGUUCUUAGCCCCGACGUCCGUGCUUCGUGGAGAGAUUCCUCCCCAGUGAACCCGUGGCCACCACGCGACUGCAGUGAAGACCGGCCAGUUCUGCAGAUUGUUGCGCUGCCUGCUCAGGUGGCAUGUGUACCUUACUGACUUGUAACAUUUCUCCUGAUGUAGUAGAAGCUUUACUGUCAUUUCUGUUUGUGUUCCUUCCUGCACGUGCCCUCCCUUUGGUGUAUCCGUGGGUAUCCUUGCCGUGUUUUCUUGGAAUCUUUGGUUCCAACGGCUGGGGACCUGGGGACACAGGCGCCUCCCACCUGGCCAAGGACAGAGAGCCUUCGUGGCGGUCCCCGGAGCCAGCUGACGCUGGGUGGGCCUCGGGGACACAACUCACAACACACAUUUCAUUAAAAAAUGGAGCAAAGGAUAAAAAUGAAAGACCGAAAACGACCGGUGUCUAAUGGGGAAUGUCGCUUCCUGCGUGUUUCCACAUAGGAAGGGGUUUCAAAAUGCCAUUGAAAGGCGUCUGUCCCCUUGUAAAUUGUGUAUUUUGUGUGACCUGUAAAUUCAGAAACAGUUUCCAGCGAGGGCUGCGACACACCCAAGCUGCUGCAUCGCCGCGAGAACUGACCUCGAGAAGACACACGGAAAACACUUCAGUGCGUGGGGAAGCAGCAGUUGUGAUCGGGUAGUUUUGCCAAUAUUUUUCAUCUUAAUCUUCAUUUUCAAAAAAUUAACAGAAUGUGUAUAAACGAAUAAAGAAAAGUAAUUUGGCUGUGUUUUAGACAGCUCUGGAAUAUAUUGUUCAGAGGAGUAAAACGUAUUUGAAAUUCGAUGAGCCAGAAAUGUGUUUUCAACUGAAUAUUUUGUGAAUCUUUCUUAAAAUCUCCAAUUUGUAGACUUCUAAAUAAACAGCUGCAGCA